UGGGCACUAAUGUGUCCUUGGCAUCUGAUAAACUCGGGGGAUAAUAAUUUUUUAAUUACCAGUCGAAGCUUUAAGAAUUUAUGGGUUAUGGAUUUUUCAUCAGGAGCGAUUAAAGAAGCUGUCAAAGGACUUCCGUAUACUUUGGAGUUCUGCAGACACUUUAUCUCGGAGAAAGUAUCCCUCUUGAAAAUGAUGGUUGAUUAUCUGUUGCAACAGCGAAGUGAUGCCAACUUAUCACGAGAGGAGCUCCCAUAUGCUGGUCUUAUAUCAUGUGUUACAACUUCUGAAAAUCACAUAAUCAUUUGUGACACUGUGGGCCAGGGAGUUCUGAAACUAAAUUGAGAAUCUGGAAUCAGUUCAUAUUUACAGUUUUCUAGUCUUGGGAUGCUCGGUCUACCUUACUGGCUGUCCUUCCCUCUGGAAAGAUUUUAUGCUCUUGCUUUCCCCCUACAUAUAUGGAUUCAUGCCAAGUCAUUAAUGUCUUGCAAGCCCUGCAUAAUGACAUUAUUGUUCUUCUUUGUGGC